UUGUCAGUUACGAGUCACAGACUCACUGCCUUCAUUUUUCUUCUUCUCCAGUCAAUCUCCCUAUCUUCUUCACCAUGUCUGACACUAACCAAGGGCACCCAGGGUCCCAGACCCGUGAGACCAAGUCUAGGCCGGUGGGUGGCACCGAGUUCAGUUGGUGCAAAGCCGUGCCUGGUGGCACCGGCAUCACCGUCCUAGCCCUUCUCGUUUCAAAGUUCCCUGAUAUACCCCUUAUCCAAGCUGCUCUUCACCAACUCCAAACUUCCCACCCCUUCCUCCGCUCUAAGCUCCAUUACGACGCCGCCACCGCCACCUUCUCCUUCGUCACUCCUCCCUUCCCUCACAUCCAAAUCCAACUCUUUGAUCAUUCUUCAACCGCCGGUAUUCUCUCAGAUAAUUCUAACAACAACCCAUCUGUUACCCCAUUUCAUCUUAUUCUAGAGCAUGAAAUAAACAAAAAUCCAUGGUCAAUAUCACAAACUACCGACCAAGAUAUCUUCUUCGCUAGUGUGUACACUCUAAGUGAGAGCCAAUGGGUGGUGGUGCUUCGGCUGCACACGGGAGCAUGCGACCGUGCAUCGGCGGUGGUGGUGCUUAGAGAGCUGCUAAAGCUGGUGAGUGGAAGAAAAGAGAACAGUGAUUUAGAAUUAUAUAAUGGGAAUGGAAGGAUUGGGUUGGGAAUUGAAGAUUGUAUUCCUAAAGAGAAAUCAAAUAAGCCCUUUUGGGCUCGUGGGAUUGAUGUUCUUGGGUAUUCUUUGAAUUCUUUUCGGCUGGCGAAUUUGAACUUUGUGGAUGCUUCGUCUGCCAGAUGCUCUCAGGUUCUCAGACUGCAAAUGAACCCAGAUGAAACCGACAGGCUUCUUCAGGGCUGCAAAUCGAGAGGGAUUCAACUUUGUGCAGCCAUAACAGCUGCUGGUUUGAUUGCAGCACAUUCCUCUAGAGGUCUUCCUGGUGACCAACGGCAGAAAUAUGGUGUUGUGACCCUCGUCGAUUGUCGUUCACUUCUUCAUCCUCUCCUCAAUGCAAAUCAUAUUGGAUUUUACCACGGGGCCAUCAUGAAUACACAUGAUGUAAGUGGAAGUGACAAGCUAUGGGAGCUAGCAAAGAGAUGUUACAUGGCUUUUGCAAAUGCAAAGAACAACAACAAGCACUUCACAGACAUGGGAGACCUCAACUUUCUAAUGUGCAAGGCAAUUGAUAAUCCAGGCUUAACUCCAUCUUCAGCACUGAGAUCUGCCUGCAUUUCAGUGUUUGAAGACACUGUGAUUGAGGAUUCUAAUGAAGUUCAAGCAGAGCUUGGAGUUGAGGAUUAUGUGGGAUGCGCCUCCGUCCACGGUGUCGGUCCAUCUGUCGCCAUAUUCGACACCAUUCGCGAUGGAUGUUUGGAUUCGGCUUGUGUGUAUCCGUCGCCGUUGCAUUCGAGGGAUCAAAUGCAGAAGUUGAUUGAUGAUAUGAAGAGAAUUCUUGUGGAUUCUUGUGUCAAUAUGGCAGAGGGGGAGAGCUAGAUUUCCUUUUAUGAGACAAUACAUUCAAAUCAUAUGCCCAUAUUUAGAUGUGAGAUUCCAUUUUCAUUAAUUAUGGAACGGAUCACAUGUAUGCGAAUGCUAAAAUUAUUAAGGGGUUGUUUGGUUUAGAAUGUUCUGGGAGGUAUAUUUUUUAUAAAAUAUACUUUUAAAGAAUUUAUUUA